AUGACCAUAGGGCAACUUCACAACAACCAGAAAUUCGAGCUUCUGGCUCAGAUAUGGCCUGGAAUGCUGCGCGCGGAUUUCGACACAUACGCCGAGCUUUACGACAAAUACUACUUAUAUCUUGACGACCAGUUCUUAUCUAUCCAAGAGAAGCCAACUUUGUACACUGCACGUACUCUCGGAGAGCUUGGUGACCUAAUUCGCCGUGUCCAAGGGUCGAAUCAUAUGAAGAAGGCCGAUAUUGUCACCGAUCAAUCUCGGGCAUCAUAUAACACUGUUGACAUAGCCGCUAGUAUGUGGCUGACGAUCCAUAUACAACACUCAAAUACCCAGUCCCCUGACUGCUUUCAAUGGCCUGAAGACAAGACACUAUCAAAUGCUCUGGGAGAGUGGCUUGAUCAGAGAAUUCCACCAAAGCGACCACUAGAUGAUGAAGAUACUCGCCAGAUUCCCCUAGACUUUUCCAUCCCAAACCUGAUUCGAUAUUAUGAGAUGAAGGUGAUCUGGACUAGCGAUUUACUACAACAUUUGAAGAUCGACUGGGAACAUAACCAUAUAAAGGUUUAUGAGCACGGAAUUUGUUUACGAAACCAUAUGAAGAAUCCUGGCUUAUUACCUUUACCUAAAGAAUUAGUCAGAGAAGCAGUCGAUACGUUAACACUGCCUUUCCCUAGGUGCAGGGAUACGGACGAGCUUUUAUCAAAAGAGAGGCGGACUAUCUUAGACGUUCCGUAUGGCCGUUCAAGAUCAUUGGCACUUUCAAAUUAUCACUAUUGGCGGCGAAACCUUUCCGAACUUAUCGCUCAUUGGGAAAAUGGCCCUAAGGGGCUAUCACAGAUACGGCUCAAGCCCGAUCAUGGAAAUCUGAUGGAAUACAUUACAUUCUGGGUAGCUACGCUUGUGCUUAUUCUUACGAUCCUGAGCAUUGCGUUCGGUGUAGCCAGUCUGGUGCUUGCAAAAAAAGCAUUGGACGUUAGCAUACGAUCGCUUGAAUUAAGCGCUCAGUCGUACAAUCUGGCGCUGGCUAUAGCUUGUGCAGACAAGAAUGCGACAGAAACUUUACCUGGUUUCUGUAGUUAG